CACAUUUGCCUCACUCCACACCACGAAAAGCACUCCUCAAUUUCCUUCCCUUGCUCUGCCCCCGUCGAGCAAUUCAUCAAACACUCGCCACCAUGACCACUCACAUCGAUCACAUGUGGCUCUUGGCCGUAGCUUCCAAAUGUACUCGCACCAACCUCUUCUGGUCCCUCUUCUUCCUCGCCAUCCUCCUCUGGUUCAUCAUCUCCCUCUUUCACUGGUCUCACCCCGGUGGUCCUGCUUGGGGCAAGUACUACUCCACCACAAAAUCCAAACCAACUAAUCAUCCACCUUCUGCUUCUUCCAGUUCUCCAUUACCAAUUCCUGGACCGAAAGGGCUGCCUCUGUUUGGCAGCAUGAGUCUUAUGGCUUCGCUUGCUCACCGCCGCAUCGCCGCCGCCGCAGAAGCUUUCGGAGCCAGGAGGCUCAUGGCCUUCAGUCUCGGCGAAACGAGGGUGAUAGUCACGUGCCACCCGGACUUGGCGAAGGAGAUUCUGAACAGUUCGGUGUUUGCGGACCGACCCGUCAAAGAGUCGGCGUAUAGCUUGAUGUUUAAUAGAGCUAUUGGGUUCGCUUCCUAUGGGGUUUACUGGCGGACUCUGAGGAGGAUCGCCGCCACUCACCUCUUCUGCCCUAAGCAAAUCAAGGCGUCGGAAUCUCAACGGUCCGAAAUCGCCGCCCAAAUGGUGGAAAUGUUCGUAAAAAGUGGCGGAGAGGGCUUGCGAGUUCGCGAGGUGCUGAAGAAGGCGUCCCUUAAUAGCAUGAUGUGUUCGGUGUUUGGACAGCGUUAUAGGCUGGACGAGUCGAACAGCGAAAUGGUCGAGCUUGGAGCGUUAGUGGACGAAGGGUACGACUUAUUGGGUACCCUUAAUUGGGCGGACCACCUGCCCUGGCUGGCCGAUUUCGACGCUCAAAAAAUCCGGUUCAGGUGCUCCCGACUCGUCCCCAAGGUGAACCGCUUCGUGAGCAGAAUCAUCGCCGACCACAGAGCCCAAAAAACCCAAACGAACCGGGAUUUCGUGGACGUCCUCCUAUCCCUCCAAGGACCUGAUAAAUUGACCGACUCCGACAUGAUCGCUGUACUUUGGGAAAUGAUAUUUAGGGGGACAGACACAGUGGCGGUUUUGAUCGAGUGGAUACUAGCGAGACUAGUGCUUCAUCCUGAUGUGCGAGCGAGGGCUCAUGCAGAGAUCGACAAGGUGGUAGGGAGGUCACGUGCCGUCACUGAGGCGGACGUGGCAGCACUGGUGUAUUUGACGGCGGUGGUGAAGGAGGUGCUGAGGUUGCACCCUCCGGGCCCACUCCUGUCGUGGGCCCGCCUGUCUGUCACUGAUACAACCAUUGAUGGGUAUCACGUCCCCGCGGGGACCACAGCUAUGGUCAACAUGUGGGCCAUCUCGCGGGACCCACAAGUAUGGAGUGACCCGUUGGAAUUUAUGCCCGAGAGGUUCGCCGCCAAGGAAGGAGAGAUGGAGUUCCAGAUAUUCGGGUCGGAUCUGAGGCUCGCUCCGUUCGGGUCGGGCAGGAGAGUUUGCCCGGGCAAGACUUUGGGUUUUGCUACGGUGUGCUUUUGGGUGGCCACGCUUCUGCACGAGUUUGAAUGGGUACCGUCGGAUCAAAGUGAAGUUGAUCUCUCAGAGGUGUUGAGGCUCUCUUGCGAAAUGGCCAAUCCUCUCACCGUGAAAGUACGCCCUAGGCGAGGGUUAGGGACAAGCCAUUGUUAAAUAAGUUAAUAUUAAGUUAAAACUUAUAUAUUAAACGAAGAAGGAUAAUGGGUUUUGGCCUGCGAUGGGUACUAACUACUAAGGUUUUAUGUUUUCAGAACUUAAAAAGUUUGAAGUACGAAUCUUCUAUAUAGCUCUGUAUUAUGCAAGAUAUGAGCAAUGGCGUUGUAAAUAUUGGUGAAAUUAACACAGUGUUGUGAGUUUAAUUUA